AUGGAGUGCAACGAGGCGCAGGCACAGAGGCCUGUCACCCUGGAUAUCGCCGGGGAAACGGAGAGCCCGAAGGCCGAGGUCCCCACGGGGGCCCCCGAGGCGGCCUCCACCCCGCCCCCCGACGCCCUCUUCCAGGAGGAGAGCAUCGACCUGGGGGGCGAGGCCUUCGUCACGCCGCAGGACGACAGCCUGUCCGACAACAUCCUGGACAAGCUCAACGACCAGAUGAUGGAGAGCGUGAUGAUAUCGGACUCGCCCAACAACAGCGAGGAUGACGUGGGCCACAUGGAGUCCCUGCUGGAGCCGUUUGAGGACCGGGUGGAGUUCGGGAUGGAGGAGGCGGGGCAGGCGGAGGGGAAGGAGGAGGGGACUCCCACAGAGGCCGCUCCCGAGACCAAGGCGGAGCCCGAGGAGACGCCUCUGACCGCCAUGUCUCCCGACGAAAAACCCGAGGACGCAACGGAGGAAACAGCGGUGGCCGAAAGGGAAACUGACUCAGCCCAGCCACUAGAGGGCACCCCCAGCCCGAGCAGCACAGAGGCUCAGGAAGCAGCAGGGGACACGCACAAGGAGACGCCCAAGGAGGAGUCCAUCCCCGUGUGCACCAUCUUCAGUCAAGGGAACCAGCAGAAAACCCAGGCACUGGUGCCUGAUGGGUUUCAGCCGGCGCUGGUCAAGUCCCCCAGCUUCAGCUGCGGAACAGAGACCCCCAACAAACUGGCCCCCCUGGUGUGCCAGCCGAGCCCCAGCCUGAGCAAAUUCUUCGCCGACAACGGCAACGUCAACCCUGCCUCCGACUUCUUCGACUCCUUCACCACAUCCUCCUCCUUCAUAUCCGUCAGCAACCCCAACGCUGAGUCCCCCCAGGGCCCCCUCCCCCCCGAGCGCCAGCUCUCCUCCUCCGUCUCCUCCACACCCACCCCCGCGUCACAGGAGCCCGGGACCCCCAGCUUCUACUUCGCCCCCGCCCCUGCGCCACCCCCGGAGUCUCCGGCCAAGCCGGGCCCUGCCGAGCCGGCCACGCCCUUCUCCCAGCUGCAGGCGGUCUUCUCGGGCAGCGACGACCCCUUCACCACGGUGCUGAACAUGAGCGAGCUGGACCGCCGGUACGACGCCUGGCUGCCGUCAGAGGACACCCGCAAGGUGCUCAUCUCCGUGGCGACCCAGCAGCACAGCCCCGUGUUCGUCGAGCGGGAGCGCCUCUCCAUGCCGGGGCUGAAGUUCGACAACCUGCAGGGCGAUGCGGUGAAGGACCUGAUGCUCAGGUUCCUGGGCGAGCAGGCAGCCCUGAAGAGGCAGGCCCUGACCGCCAGCUCCGUGGAGCAGUCCUUCCUGGGACUCAAACAGUUAAUCAGCACCAAGAACUGGCGGGCGGCGGUGGACCUGACCGGCAGGCUGCUGACAGCCCACGGCCAGGGCUACGGGAAGAGCGGCCAGCCCACCAGCCACACCACCGACUCCCUGCAGCUCUGGUUCGUUCGGCUGGCCCUGCUCACCAAACUGAGCCUGUUCCAGAAUGCUGAGCUGGAGCUGGAGCCCUUCGGCAACCUGGACCAGCCAGAUCUGUACUACGAGUACUACCCCACGGUGUACCCCGGGCGCCGAGGCUCCAUGGUGCCCUUCUCCAUGCGUGUCCUGCAUGCCGAGCUGCCCCAGUACGUCGGGAAGCCCCAGGAGUCGCUCGACCGGCUGCACAGCAUGAAGAUCGUCUGUCAGAUGAUUCUGGAUAACCUGGAGCAAGGCUUGGCUGAGGAUGGAAGCAUGAUUAACAUAACCCAGGAGAACAGGCAAGCCUCUGUUCAGCUGUGGAGGUCGCGUCUGUGCCGGGUGAUGUACUCCAUGGCAAACUGUCUGCUAAUGAUGAAGGACUACGUGCUCGCCGUGGAGACGUACCACGCCAUCACCCGGUACCAGCCGGAGCAGACCGGCCAGCUGCUCAGUGCCAUCGGGAGGAUAUUCCUGCAGAUCGGGGACAUUAAGACGGCCGAGAAGUACUUCGAGGAGGUGGAGAAAGGCACUCAGUCAAAGGGAAGCGAGCACAGCACGUUCGUUUUGAUGAACAGGGCCUUCGUAUACCUCAGUCAGAAUAACUACGCAGAAGCUCACGCUUCCUUCACAGAAGUUCUGAAAAUUGACCCCAAAAACCCUGUGGCGAACAACAACGCAGCCGUCUGCCUGCUGUACCUGGGCCGGCUGAAGGAGUCCCUGGGCCAGCUGGAGGGUCUGGUGCAGCAGGACCCAGCGCUGUACCUGCACGAGAGCGUCCUGUUCAACCUUACCACCAUGUACGAGCUGGAGUCGUCCCGCAGCACCCAGAAGAAGCAGGCGCUGCUGGAGGCCGUGGCCUGCAGGGAGGGGGACAGCUUCAACACCCAGUGCCUGAAACUGGUGUAAAGCCUGGGGUGGAGGCGCCGAGCAGGGCGCCCGCGUGGAGAGACCUGCCGAGGUAGUGUGUGCGUGUGCGUGCGUACGUGUGUGUGUGUUAGUUACUGGGGAGGAAAGAGGUACAUAUCUUACCAUUUCCUCAGAGUUGCCUAAUGAAGUGAUGUGUGUGUGUGUGCGUGUAUGUGCGUGUGCUAGUUACUGGGGAGGAAAGAGGUACAUAUCUUACCAUUUCCUCAGAGGGUCGCCUAAUGAAGUGAUGUGUGUGUGCGUGUGUCAUUGGGGAAGAUUUACAUGUCUAACCAUUUUCUCUGAGUCAUCUAAUCAAAUGAUGCGUGUGUAUGCAUUUAAGUGUGUGUGUGUAUAUGUGUAUGUGUGUGUGUGUGUGUCACUGGGGAGGAAGAACGUAUACAUCUCGCUACUUCCCUACAGCCACUUAAUGAAGUGUGAAUGUGUGUGUGUAUGUGUGUGUGCGUCACUGGGUAGACAAGAAAAAUACAUCUCAACGCUCUCCCACAGUCACUUAAUGAAGUGUGAAUGUGUGUGUGUUUGUGUGCGUGUGUUUGUGUGUGUGUGCGUGCGCACGCACACCAGGCAGAUAAUGAAAACACAUCUCACUACAUCCUCUCUGCUGAUGGUGGAAUGAUGCGAGUGCUUCGCUCCGAGUUCAGUGCUUUGGUCAGUGCAAGGGGACACAAAGAAUGCAGCCUCUUUCAAACAGGCGAGGGACACCCAGACGCCCUGGACCCCACCAAAAAAGGAAUGUAAAAUAGUUGGUAAAUCCAAAACUGUACAUAUUUUAGUAGGGAAAUCUUGUAAAAUAUUCCUCUGAUGUCUUUUCCACAAUGAUUCGCGUCUGAGAACAAAUAUCAUGGUUUACAUGCCCUGUCUAGCUAGUGGAGUCAUUAAAAACUGUACUGUAUUGCUUUGGAUGUUAGAAA